AAGAGAUGACCGUCAAAACUCAGCUUUUGUACCGCAUUUUCGAGCCGUUCAUAUUGUACGGUUUAAUUAAGCUUCUCACUAAGAAAUAUGGUAGAUUCAAUCAAUUCGUCGCGAUGUUUGUUGGGAUGGUAUUGUUUUUACCAUUCUUCUACACGUGUAUGGUGGUAUUAAAAAUUUACAAAUUAUUCGUUGGUCUUCUGCUGCGCAUAAGACACGGAAAUAAGUUUGUCUGUUUCAUGCACGGCUGUGAUACUAUAUUCUCAUUGGAGUCAAUCACUAAAAAAGCUACCAUCAAUGUAGUAUAUCUAUUCGAUUUCCAAGGGACCAGUGAAGAGUUUUUCAAGAUUGCCUCACAAAAGAUAUGCGAUUUUUACAAUGAAGACGUGAAGAUUCGUUGCGUUCGUUGUACGUUCUUAGGUUACUCUUACUUCAUCGAACAUCCCUUGGAUAAGGAUGAGUUGAUAAAAAAGAUGGAUUCGAAAAAUGGCAAUUUCCAGGAUCACAUGAAAGAAUUAGACAAAAUGAAAUUUCCCGUUAACGACACAGGCUUGAUUCAAUUCGGCGUUGGAAAUGAUAAAGUUGAGAGUAAAACAGGCAUCUGGUGUUAUCCCAUUUACGCAAAGAUCCAUCAUUCUAUGGGUGAUGGCAUAUCCAUGCUUCGAGGUCUUCAAUUAGUAUCGCACAAACCAAAAAAAAUAACAAAACUUAUAAACGUUAAUCCGAUGCGUCUCUAUUUGGAGAGCUUCUGGACAUGCAUGAAGUCUCCGGUGAUGAACAAUUUAGAGGCUCUUUAUCCAACGGAAAAUACCUUCACGCAAAAGCUCGUCGGAGAGAAGAAUUAUACCGUAUGGGCAGAUAAAACAUCCGACACUCUCGAUAAAAUGAAAGAGAUCAGAAAUCGUUUAAAUGAUGGAACCACGACAACGGCAAUCAUAUGCACGGCCCUAUCGAAAGCUUUGGAAGACUACCUCGAUUCGAGGAAAAUGCAAAAGCCUCGCGAAUUAGGAAUGACGUUAACUCAGUUGACUAACUUUGCUAAAUGCAGCUACACCAAUUACACAAACGCAUUCAGCCCUUGCGAAAUCAAAAUUCCCAUAGAUUUUGAUGGAAAUAUGUUAGACAGAUUGAAGAUCAUGAGAGACUUCUUUAUUAAGUUUCCUAGCACCUUGGACAUGAAAAUCGGAGAUUGGUACAACAAAACGUUAUUUCCGUUGCUUCCGAACGCGCUAACCAAAAGUAUAUACGUGAAGGGCAUUCAUACGGUUUCGAUGAGCAAUAUGCCCGGACUCAAAGAGGAGAUCAAGAUAUUGGAAUCCACAAAACUUGAGGCGUUUCACUAUUGGAUUCCGAAUCCGGGCAAUGCCGGCUUCAACAUAUGCUUCUACUCCUACCGAAAUCGUUUUAACAUGGGCUUGAGCGUGGACGAAGCUUUCAUUUCUGAUGUUGACGAACUUUCAAAUCUAUGCAAUGCAACAAUUAACAAUAUCAUGAAUAUUUACAAACAAUGCAUCAAUUCUUGAC